GCCGCGCCGCCGUGACGACAUCCUUCCGCGCCCGAAGCCGAGCGUCCUCAGCGGCGGGUGGCGGGCGCCUGCGCAGUGGCUCCGAGCGGGCGGUUGCUUGCUGGUUGUUGUAGUAACGGGGGAAGCAGCCGUCAGCGGCUGCCGUGAGCCCGGCUGGGGAAGGAGGACGGAGGUAGGCGAAGAGCGCGGUCCCCGCCUGCCCGCCCGAGCCAUGGGAAGAUGAGACGGGAAACUGUGCCACCCAAAUUGAUUGAUCCAGUGAAUCUGCAAGGAAAGGUCUCUGAGGCCCCCGUCUGCUGACUGUAUGACAACCCCUAAAGGAAAUGCCAGUCGUGAUGGCCCGGGACCUGGAGGAAACAGCAUCAUCCUCAGAGGAUGAGGAGGUGGUAAGCCAAGAGGAUCAUCCAUGUAUCAUGUGGACUGGAGGCUGCAGGAGAAUUCCAGUUUUGGUGUUCCAUGCUGAUGCUAUUCUGACAAAGGACAACAAUAUUCGAGUAAUUGGAGAACGUUAUCAUUUGUCUUACAAGAUUGUACGAACAGACAGUCGCCUGGUGCGCAGCAUUCUGACAGCCCAUGGAUUUCAUGAAGUUCACCCAAGCAGCACUGACUAUAACCUAAUGUGGACAGGAUCCCACCUGAAGCCCUUCUUACUUCGUACCCUCUCUGAAGCACAAAAGGUUAAUCACUUUCCCAGGUCGUAUGAACUAACCCGGAAGGACCGACUGUACAAAAACAUCAUUCGAAUGCAGCAUACGCAUGGAUUCAAGGCUUUCCACAUCCUGCCUCAGACCUUCCUGCUGCCGGCUGAGUAUGCGGAAUUCUGUAAUUCAUAUUCAAAGGACCGGGGACCUUGGAUAGUAAAACCAGUGGCCUCUUCUAGGGGGCGGGGCGUCUACCUGAUCAACAAUCCAAACCAGAUUUCCCUGGAAGAGAACAUCCUGGUCUCUCGUUACAUCAGCAACCCCCUGCUCAUAGAUGAUUUCAAAUUUGAUGUGCGCCUCUAUGUGCUUGUGACUUCCUAUGAUCCUCUUGUCAUCUAUCUCUAUGAAGAAGGAUUGGCUAGGUUUGCAACCGUGCGAUAUGAUCAGGGAGCCAAGAACAUUCGGAACCAGUUCAUGCACCUGACAAACUACAGUGUGAACAAGAAGAGUGGAGACUAUGUCAGUUGUGAUGACCCGGAAGUGGAGGAUUAUGGGAACAAAUGGAGCAUGAGUGCUAUGCUGAGGUAUCUGAAACAAGAAGGCAGAGAUACAACUGCGUUGAUGGCCCAUGUAGAAGACCUGAUCAUUAAGACUAUAAUCUCUGCUGAACUAGCUAUUGCUACGGCCUGUAAAACCUUUGUUCCUCAUCGCAGCAGUUGUUUUGAACUCUAUGGCUUUGAUGUGCUCAUAGAUUCUACUCUGAAGCCAUGGUUGUUGGAAGUGAAUCUCUCUCCUUCUUUGGCCUGUGAUGCACCUCUGGACCUAAAGAUUAAAGCCAGUAUGAUUUCAGAUAUGUUCACUGUUGUAGGAUUUGUGUGCCAGGAUCCUGCCCAGCGGGCAUCAACCCGGCCAAUUUAUCCCACCUUUGAGUCUUCCAGGAGAAACCCUUUCCAGAAACCUCAGCGUCCGGUAUCUGCACAGUUUCAGUCAUGUUUCAACGCCAAACAGCGUUCCCGUCCACUCUCUGCCAGUGAUGCGGAAAUGAAAAACCUUGUGGCCUCAGCCCGGGAGAAGGUGCCGGGGAAGUUAGGUGGUUCUGUGCUUGGUCUGUCAAUGGAGGAGAUCAGAGUUUUACGGAGGGUAAAGGAAGAGAAUGAUCGGAGAGGUGGAUUUAUUCGCAUAUUCCCUACAUCAGAGACAUGGGAAAUAUAUGGGUCCUACCUCGAACACAAGACCUCCAUGAACUAUAUGCUGGCGACACGUCUAUUCCAGGACAGGGGACACCCAAGAAGAAGCUUAUUGACAGGAAGAACACGGAUGACUGCUGAUGGAGCACCGGAAUUGAAGGUAGAGAGUAUGAAUUCAAAGGCCAAGAUACAUGCUGCUCUUUAUGAGAGAAAGCUCCUGUCUUUGGAGGUGCGAAAACGUAGACGUCGGAGUGGCAGAUUGAGGUCAUUGAGGCGAAAAUACCCAGUGAUUACCCAACCAGCUGAAAUGAAUGUUAAAACUGAGACAGAGAGUGAAGAGGAGGAAGAAGAUGCAUUAGACAAUGAAGAUGAAGAACAGGAAGCUUCCCAGGAGGAGUCUGCAGGGUCCCUUGGAGAAAAUCAAGCCAAAUACACACCCUCAUUGACCAUUAUGGUAGAAAAUUCACUCAAAGAAAAUGCCGUGAAAGUUCCUGAAUGGAAUAACAAAGGUGAACAGUGCCACAAAAUUGAGACUCAGGAAUCAGAGCCUAAAUUUAACUUGAUGCAGAUUCUGCAAGAUAAUGGCAAUCUUAGCAAAGUGCAGGCCCGAAUAGCAUUCUCUGCCUAUCUCCAGCAUGUUCAAAUUCGCCUGAUGAAAGACAGUGGAGGUCAGACGUUCAGUGCCAGUUGGGCUGCCAAAGAGGAUGAACAGAUGGAGCUGGUGGUUCGUUUCCUCAAGCGAGCAUCAAGUAACCUCCAGCACUCACUGAGAAUGGUAUUACCCAGUCGACGACUGGCACUUCUGGAACGUAGAAGAAUCCUGGCCCACCAACUGGGUGACUUUAUCAUUGUGUACAACAAGGAAACAGAACAAAUGGCUGAAAAGAAAUCAAAGAAGAAACUUGAAGAAGAAGAGGAAGAUGGGGUGAAUAUGGAAAACUUUCAGGAGUUCAUCAAACAAGCAAGUGAGGCUGAACUGGAGGAGGUGCUGACUUUUUAUACCCAAAAAAACAAGUCUGCAAGUGUCUUCCUGGGGACUCACUCAAAAAGCUCUAAAAACAGCAACAGCUAUUCUGAUAGCAGGGCAAAGGGUGAUCACCCUGAGACGAUGGAGGAAGUGAAAAUAAAGCAACCCAAACAGCAACAGGCAACAGAAAUUCACUCUGAUAAGUUAUCUCGAUUUACCACUUCAGCAGAAAAAGAGGCUAAAUUAGUCUAUACCAAUUCUUCCUCUACUUCUUUCUCUGGUCCUGCUGCUACUCUUCUGCAGAAAAUUCCCAGCACCCAUUUGUCAUCUCUUGUUACAACCUCUGACCUCUCCCCAAGGCCUGGCCACCAUUCUUUAUCUCAGAUUCCUCCAGCUAUCCCCAGCAUGCCUCACCAGCCCACAAUUUUACUGAACACAGUUCCUGACAUUGCUUCUCCCUCCAUAUAUCCUGGGACACAGAACGUACCAAGCCCUGCUGGCCUGCCACGCUGUCGAUCAGGCAGUUACACCAUUGGCCCCUUUUCCUCUUUCCAAAGCGCUGCACACAUCUAUAGCCAGAAACUGUCUCGACCCUCUUCAGCAAAGGCAGCAGGUUCGUGCCAUCCAACCAAGCAGCAUUCAGGAGUAGCCAAAACACAGAAGGAGGGAGAAGAUGGUUCUUCGCACAGCAAACGGUACAACCAAAGUAUGGUGACAGCUGAACUUCAGCGGCUGGCCGAGAAGCAGGCAGCAAGGCAGUAUUCUCCAUCCACACACAUCAGUCUCCUCACCCAGCAGGUAACAAACCUGAAUUUGACAAGUGGCGUCAUAAACAGAAGCAGUGCUUCAACUCCCCCCACCCUUCGGCCUGUGAUCAGUCCUAGUGGCCCGACAUGGUCAAUACAGUCAGACUCCCAUGCUCCUGAGAGCCACUCCAGCCCUCCUGGAAGCAGGAGCCUCCAAACAGGUGGCUUUGCCUGGGAGGGAGAGGUAGAGAACAACGCGUACAGCAAGGCUACAGGGGUGGUCCCCCAGCACAAGUAUCACCCCACAGCGGGCAGCUACCAACUCCACUUUGCCCUGCAGCAGCUCGAACAACAAAAACUUCAGUCCCGGCAGCUUCUGGACCAGAGUCGUGCCAGGCACCAGGCAAUCUUUGGCAGCCAGACACUACCUAACUCCAAUUUAUGGACAAUGAAUAAUGGUGCAGCUUGCAGAAUUUCAAGUGCCACAGCUAGUGGCCAGAAGCCAACCACUCUGCCCCAAAAAGUGGUGCCAUCUCCAAGUUCUUCCUCCUCCCUGGUCCCCAAACCCCCAUCCAAUCACAAACAAGUUCUCAGAAAGGCAACAUCCCAGAGGACUUCCAAGGGCUCCUCCACAGAAGGGCAGCUGAAUGGACUCCAGAGCAGCCUUAACUCUGCAGCCUUUGUGCCCAUCACCAGCUCCACAGAUCCUGCUCACACUAAACCAUGAACCACGAACACGUGGAAGAAAAACCUCUUCUCUACUCCCACCACUCCUGGGUGCAUGACUGCGGGGGAAGCAUCCACCAGUGCUGCGAGGGGUCUGUGGUAUUGUUUUGCUGCCUCAGUCCCCAGAGCCUUCGAGCAGAAGUGGCAAUACACUGUUGCCCGUAGCCAAUCCAGACUUUCCUGAGACGACAGGAAAACACAUCAGCUGGUUUUGAUGGAACUUGGCAGUGGGGACAUUCAACUGAUGCGCUAUAGACCCCGUCAGAGCACACAUGUGUCUUUUACCCCCUUUACCCCCUCCCCCAACCUGCUUAGGUCUUCUCUGUCCCUCUCCUGCUACCACACAGAGAUGAUAUAAAAGAGGCUCUUUGGCUAUUUGCAUUUUGCUUCCUCUUCUUUUCCAGAUUGCAAUAUUAAGCUUUACUUCCUACAAGCCUAAAAUCCCAGCAACGUUAUCUACCCAAGUUGUUCUUCUGUUUUCAGAGUUUGGGGGGAAGGGGGAGCUUCCAUCACGAGUUUCCGGAGAGUGGAGAGAAGUUGGUGUGCUGCUGACCACACAAGCCACUGUAAAGGCACCCUUUGGAAUUACUGAUUUCUAAAAUUAAUAAAGUAAUUCUAUUUUUAUUUUCUUUUUUCCAUUUACUAAUUUCCCCACAAUCAGUAUUUGCAAACAAGACUGAAAUGGGACCAACUUCUCAUUAUAUUUCAUUGCUGGGCAAUUUUUUAAACUUUAGAAAUGUGAGCUGUAGAGAGAUGUUUUAUUCUUACAUUCAGUUUCAGCAGAUGGUGGGUCCAGGCUCUCCCCCACGGGCAGCUCCCACACCUGGGAAGCUGGUGUGUGCAAAUGUCUCUGUUAGCAGACCACAGCAGACAGGUCCUUCGGCGGCGUGUGAAUCUGUAUCCAGUCGCACAUUGUUUACCUAAACAGUUCAUCAGAACGAGGCAGCACAGCCCCCUGAGUGCUUUCCACUUAACCUCUGCUCUCUGGCUUCCUCAUCUGUCCUAGUUCCUCUCUCUGGCUUCUGCUGGAGAAAAGCUUGAAAGGUGGGCUGCAGAGCCCACCAAAGGAUUGACUUAGCUGUCCUAGGGAGUUAUUGGGUGAGAAUCCAGAAUCUGGGGUUUCUAUAAGAUGCUAAAGACUCAGCAUUGAAACCCCAAAAGAAAAAUGACACCCAAAAAGGCAGCGAGAAAAGAGACUUUAUUGCCUUCUUAGUGAAUGAAAACAGGUUUGAGCACAUUGAAGCGUUUUGUUUGCUUGUGAAGGAUGAAGUCUUGUCAAUUGCAGGAGAGAAGAGAGAAUGUAUACCAGAUGGUCCUGGGACUUCUGGUUAGAGUUUGAGGACCAUCUUAACUGUUUGCUAGCUUGGUUGUGAAUUGGUUAGGAGACAAAUUAGAAUUCCUUCAUAGUCCCCUGCUGAUGUGUAGAACUGGGAAAUAAGAUGUUUAGGGAGACUCACCACAUGGAUCUUGUGAAAAAGGAUAAGAGUAUGAGCCUGUAAGAGAACUUUUAGACCAACUGGAGUGCUUGGGAUUGCCCUAGGUAAGCAUCAGAAUUGAAUCCUUAAGCUAAUUUCUUACUGCAUUCACCAUGUGCUGAUCAGGUGUAAGACCAGAAUCCAGAUCUCUCCCUUCAUUUACCUAAGUACUUUCAAGUCAUUUUUACUGGUACUGGACUUCAGUUGGUAAUAAACCAGACAGAUCAUACGAUCCUCCCUCCAACAGCAGUGUCCCUCCUUACCUUUCCCUAAAACAAGCAUGUAUUUUGGAAGAUGGACAGACAAUGGUUCAAGUUUCUAUAGUGCCUGUAAAUGACAUGUGGAAUGGGGACGCUGGACUUCAGACCCCUGCCCAUAUUUAUAUCUGCUGAUUAAGAUAAGAAUAGAGAUCGAACAUAAAAAGAACAUUUGGAA